CACAGCAAACAUCUUGUUCACAUGGAAUCUUUGGAAUAGUUUGUUGGACCUUUUCAACUUGUAGCAUCGUUUUACCAGGAAUGAAUUGUCCUCCGCUUUCACCACGGUUGUGGGGUAAACCUUGUAAAUCACAGAAUUCAACCUUGGAAAUCAUCGUUACUGCUAUGACAUUAGGACCAACUAUCUAUGCAUUUAUCGUAUUUGAAGUUGAAGCAAAUGAGCAAAUACGUGAUAAAGAAUCAGACAUUAAACAUUAUAUAUCUAUAGGGGCAUUAGUAUUUUCAUUGGAAUUUGGCUAUCUGCUUUUAGCUGAGUUGGCUUGA